AUGCUAUCCUCUCCAUCACCCGCAGCAACCAGCACAACCAACAACUACCACUCUCUCUUCUCUCAAAAAGGACUCCCCAUUUCAUCAUCUCCUUUCCUUCUCUUUCAUUACAACUUCAAAUCACGAAAAUGGGAAAUGAACGAACAAGCAAAAUCUAUUCUCUCAUUAUAUUCAAACGGAUCCACUCAGCUUUAUGUUAUUUCUCUCGUAGACGCCUUUCGUUUGGGAAAAAGUGAUCUCAUGAAUCAACUCUUGCUUCAUAAAAGUACAGAAAAACAAGAAAGAUUCGAAUUUGGAAUGUCCAUUCUUUCCCGUUCGAAAGGAGUUUGGGCAUGGGGUGAAAGAUCUUGUCAAGAUGAAAGACAAAUUUUACUGGUUUUAGAUACGGAAGGUUAUUUAGAUGCUGUUGAUCGAGAAGAAGAAGAUGACAAUGAUCAAGAGGAUGAUUUUACUUUAAAAUAUGAUAAGAAAUUGUUUUGUUUAAUGACCUUGUUGGCGAGUAGUUUGAUUGUUAACUUUUCAAAUCAAAUUUCGAGUGACCACGAUUUGAGACAAAUUUCAUUUACUGCAAAUUUCUCGGAAAUACUAUUAACAGAAAAAAGAAAAGAACCAUGGUUGUUGAAACAAAGAUUUUCAAAAAAGAAUAGAACGGGAACACAUCAAGACGAUCUGAAGGAGGAUUAUGAGGAUGAAAUUGUGAGAUAUACACCUCACUUGAUGUGGCUGAUUAGUGACAUGACCUUGCCAUCGAAUGUAUCAGAAGAAGAUUACCUGAACAAUGUGUUGGCUGAAAACACAAAAAGUAAGAAAAAUAGAGAAAAAGAAAUGAACAAGAUCAAGUCUUCCAUUAAGAAAUUUUUCAAAAACAAGAUGGAACUCUUAACUGUUCCUCCACCUUUUGAUGAUUUAGAGAGUAUGAAACACAACAACACCUCCGAAGUCAACUCCCACGUAGGUGACAAAAUGGAAUUCGUAGUCAACAAAAUCCGAUCUAAUGUCGCUCCCAAGAAAAUUCUUUCGCCUGUUCAGAACACGGAAUUAUUUCUCUCUCCAAUCCUAUUUUAUUAUUAUUGUUCAAAAUUAUUGGACGAGCUGAAUGAAAAUGGUGAUAACAUUGAUCUUUCCAACGCUUUUGAUCAUGUUAUGAAGCAGCAAGUGGAAGUAUUUUUGGUGAAUUCAGAAAAACAUUAUGAUCAAAGGAUGAAUGAACUGUGUGAGAAGAAAUUUCCAAUGGAAGAAUUCGAAUUGUUGAACAAACAUGUCAAAGUAUUUACUGAGAUUAAUCGUUUGAUGAGAGAGCAAAUUCCAUCCUGUAAACAACAAGAGGUACUUUUGAGAAUGUUUACCAAAUUAGGAUAUGUUUCUAGUAGUUCACAACCAUCUCAAGACGAGUCUAAAAAAGAUGAUUCUAGUCCACCCAAAAACUCCAUGAACUAUGAUUCUCCUUAUUUGAAAAACUCAAAAUUAGAAACUCUCUUGAUACGAAACAAAGAAUCUUCUCAUGAACUUUGUAACAAAAUUUUUGAACAAUGUCUCUCCCAACUACGUCGUGAAAUUACUACAUGCGAAUCAAUGGAAAUAUUUAUGGAACAUUCCAAGCAAGUUCAACACCAACUGAUACAUUCUUGUAUUGGACCCUCUCGUCUGAAAUUUCUUCAAAUAUUUUCCAAACAUGUCAUUGAAUUACGGGAAUUCAUGGAUCAACAAUUGAAAAUGAAGGACAUGGAACGACACAUUCAUGAACUCAGAGAAUUAACUACAAAGCUCGAACAAGAAAAAGCAAGUCAAUAUGAAGCAUUUCAACAUGAAAAACAAUUACUUUUAGAAUCCAUGAAUCAGUUGCAACAACAACAAUUGUUAUUGAAAGAUCAAUUAGAAAAGGAACGACUUGAACAUUCUCAAGAAUUACAAAAACUGAGAAACGAAUUGAAUUCCAAGAAUCAAUCAACAGCUUUGUCUUCUUCUUCAAUUCUCAUUUCCACUCCAUCCGCUUCAACAACUUCUACAACUCGAAUUCAAAACAAUUAUUGUCGAGACUAUGAAUCUGAUGAAGAUGAUUGUUAUAAUAGCUCUUCAAGAAGGAGUAGUAGUAGCUCUUCUCGUUCUGGUAAAAAGUUCUAUAAAGGAGGACAGUUUUUACCAGGAGGAGGAAGAGCUCCAAAAGGUGGCAUUUGGAUGUAA